AUGUUACAACGGAGAUUUAUAUCCUCCAGUGGUAUAAAGAGAUUACUUCACAGAGAAUCAAACAAGGUUAUGCACACUGUUUUCUUUAAAGUACGAUAUUACUCAACUGAGUUGAUCAAAAAAAAGCAUAAGGAAGAUAUUGAGGAUUGGGUUAAAGCGCAACUAAAAGAUUCUUCAACAAUAAGCGGUGUGUAUGAGUCUCGGAAUAAACUCGAUUGGAUGGACUCCAUUACCAAAAGCCCCAGCAGCUUAGAUAUUCUUAAGAAUCAAUAUAAUAUAGUGAAAGACAAAGAUUUUGGAAUAUUGUGGAAGCAAAAAUUCGAAAGUGCAGAUCCAGAUAUUUUGAUGACAAUAAUUAGCCUUUCCACUAACCAAAAGGUUUUGUUUUCAAUACAGCAAUUACUGAUCUUAAUAAAUUCUCUUCACUUUUUGAAAAGGGACUACGAUAUUGGACAAAUAUACACAACAUAUGAGCAAUUCACGCCCUUAUUAGCAAGCCACACUGAUAAAGGCACAUAUGGUCAGUUCAUCGAAAUUAUGUUGGUAGUACAGCAUAAUUUACAUCAUUUUGAUGUCUGUGAAACUUUAUUUGCAGAAUAUAUCAAAUAUUGCAAAGUAAAGCCACAAAUGAUAUCUUUAGGAUUAAACUCUUUCAUAAGGAGUAAUAACACUCAACUAGCGGUGGAAUUUUACACGCAAGCAAUUACCAAUCCUGAUACAUUUCCAAUAACUGAAAAGCAGCUUUUUGAGUUUCUCCGAUGUAUGGAAAGAUAUCUAGAUAUGUCCAGUAUGAAACACAUCUUUUAUCUCUGGUUGAAAGUGAAAUGUGGUGAUGAGCAAUCCUCUUCAACUAACCUUCCCUCGUUCAAAACCCUCGCGAUAAUACACAGAAUGUUAUUACGUUUUUCUAAUACAGAUGAGCUAAACGAUUUUUUAACCAAUCCCGUUGUUUUAAGUACGGGAUAUACAUCAAGUGUGCAGUUUGAGUUGAUUGAAUUUUGUCAUUCUCUGUAUUGCAUCAAAGGAGACAGAACAAAAAGCAUUGAUGACUCAAUAUUGAUGGAAAGAGUUGAUAAAUUUAUUACCAGACUUAAUAAUAAUAUUUCAACACGAAAAGAGCUAUAUAUGUCAGUGGUUCAAGCGUACGUCUCUACUAACAAUUUCGAGAAUUUAAAAGUAAUCUUGGAAAAAAUCCAGAGAGAUAAUGAUAUUAGCAUAGACGGUUCGUUUCAUUUGUGCAUUUCUAGGUAUUUUGUCAACACCAAUCAAUUCGAAGGACUUUUCAAAUAUUAUCGCAGUGUAGUUAAAACCACUGAUGGUAAAACGCGAUUACGGCCCGCAUUUAUUCAACAAUUAUGGUCAUGUGCCGUAAAUGUUUAUCCAAUGCUGGCAAAAGAAAUUACAAAUGACCUACUUGUGACUCUAAAAAGGAGCCAAUACAGCAAAUGUCUCACUUGGGUGUACACAUUUUUACAAGAAAAUGCCCAUAUCCAUACGAGAAAGAUCAAUGGAGGAGAAGACUCUUCGUUAUCUGGUUUCAACGCGGUUGAUUUUGAAAGGUUUGAAGAGUUCAAGAAAAAAGUUUCUCACAAUGAUGUAUAUGGAGCAGAAUUGGUGAUUUCGAAUAGUUUGAAGGAGGGCAUUGCGCCUCAAUUUUCAUUUUUGUAUUCCGUUUUGGCAUUAUGCUUGAGAAACUCUUUAACUGGUUUGGCACGUGUAGUUGAUGUGAUAUUAAGGACCAGAUUCCGCUAUAUCCCACUAAAAGUCGAUAUAUUAUGGUUGAAAUGGGAGAUCAUUUCUAAUUAUAGAUCUUUUGAAAAGUUGUCUGCUGAACAUUUAAAAGAACUGGAAUUCAAACUGAAGGAAUUUGAACGAGUACAUCAAAAGGAGCUUUCAGUUCAAAACUAUUUACAACUUACUCAAAUAUGUUUCCACACCCGUGAUUUCAAAUAUGCAUGUUACCUAAUUUCACAAGCUAGAAAAAAUUUGGAUACUUCAAAUAACAAACAGUGGAUGAUGUAUUACAUGACAUCUUUAAAGUUGGCGUCAAGAAUGCAUGAAAGCGAACGGUUUAGUAGGAUUUUAAAAGACUGGAAUUGUAAUCAUAGGGCAAGCCUGAUUACUCCAGGUUGCAUUAGACAAAUCAAAGGCUUUAUGAAAUAUUUUGAGAAAAGGCCUGCUUACAUUUCAACUGCUGCUUCCAUUGAUAACAAGGAGAUAAAGGAUCGCAUUGACGAGUUAGUACUUAGAUAUGUGGACUAUAAAUACCAGGGGCUUGAGAAUAUGAGAAAGUUAACACUUUUCUUAAAAGAAUGGUUUGAUGAAGAGAUUUCACUAUUAAAGUUGGAGCAAAAUGAAAGGAAAAUGAAGCUUUUUGAAGAGAAUAAAAAGGAGGAGGAGUAA